GUGAGCUGUGCUGGAUCCGGACUGAGGAGAAGCCAUGGAGGAGGAGGAUGGAGACAGGGCCUCUCCAGGUCAUGGGUGGGAGGCAGGAAAGGAAAGGGAGAACCUUCAAGUGCUGAAGGAACGUGGUCAGUUGCCAGGUGAGGAAGAAACAACUGGGGCUCAAGAUGGAAGGAAGAACCAAAGGAGGGAGAGGAGGAAUAAAUCUGGGGUUUCUCGUGGCAGUGACAGCCCUGAAAUCCCAGCUGCCGAUAAGCCACAGAAAGCAUCGGGAAGGGUCAAGUGCCCCACGUGUGGGGAAAGCUUUGCUAACAAAAUUGGGUUUGCAAAUCACCGGAGAACUCACACCGUGGAGAAGUCCUUGGGAUGCUGGCAGUGUGGGAGCAUCUUCAGUAAGCAGAGUUGGCUUGCUGACCAUCUAAGAAUUCACACAGGAGAGAGACCCUUUCAGUGCCUGGAGUGUGGCAAGAGUUUCCGUGUGAAAUAUUCAUUUACUUUGCAUCAAAGAAUACACACAGAAGAGAAACCCUUCAAAUGUAUGGAGUGUGGAAAGAGCUUUACACAAGGUGUGCAACUGACUGUACAUCAGAGACUUCACACGGGGGAGAAAUCAUUUGAAUGCUUGGAGUGUGGAAAGACCUUUCGAUCGAAGGAACUAUUGACUACUCAUCAAAGAAUACACACAGGAGAGAAACCCUAUGAAUGCUUGGAGUGUGGAGAGAGCUUCACUCAGAGCUCAACUCUUGCUAGCUAUCAAAGAAUUCACACGGGAAAACCAUAUGAAUGUCUUGAGUGUGGAAAGGGCUUCAGGAGAAAAGGAGCACUUAAUAUACAUGAAAGAAUCCACACAGAGGAGAAACCAUUUAAAUGCCUUGAGUGUGGAAAAAGUUUCUCUGAUAAAGGGAACUUCAGUAAACAUAAAACAAUCCACACAGUGGAGAAACCAUUUAAAUGCUUGGAGUGCGGAAAGAGAUUCUCUCAAAUUGGCUAUCUUACUUCUCACCAAAGAAUUCACACCAUGGAGAAACCUUUUAUGUGCCUCAAGUGUGGGAAGAGCUUCAGGAGGCGUGAGCACCUUGACUCCCAUGAAAUAAUUCACACUGGGGAGAAGCUCCAUAAAUGCCUGGAGUGUGGAAAGAGUUUUGGUCGGAGAGAUGUGCUUCAUUCCCACCAAAAGAUGCAAAUAGGGGACAGGCCAUAUAAAUGCCUGGGGUGCGAUAAAAGCUUCUAUUGGCUGUCUCACCUGACCAAGCAUAAGAGAAACCAUACAGAAGAGAAACCUUUCAGAUGCCAGGAGUGUGGGAAAGCCUUCCGUCAGAAGACAGCCCUUACUAAUCACAGGAGAAUUCACACAGGAGAGAAACUGUAUAAAUGCUUGGAGUGUGGCAAGGACUUCACUCACUGAUCAAAUCUCACUUGCCAUCAGAGAAUUCACAUGGGGGAGAAACCGUUCAAAUGCCUGGAGUGUGGAAAGAGCUUCAGUAGCAAGGCCUACCUGAUGUCCCAUCAAAACAUCCCUUCUGGGAAGGAACUGUUUAAGCGCCCGAAGGCGCCAAUCCCAAAGUGCGCCUGCGCCCCGGAGCGCCGAGCGAGCAGCGCUGCGGGGAAUCGGGCGGCCGUGAGACCGACGGCGGGGACUCGCCUGCCCGGGGGAUCCGGGGUCGGGGUCGGGGUCGGCCCAGCGGGCUCCGCGGCGCUGGGGGAGGCGGAAGGGAGAGGCAUUCUGGUAGGCAGGGGGCUUCCUCAACUUCAAGAACCCACCCUGGAGGACCCAGAUGAACACGUGUCAUGUGAAAGGAGCCUCAGAGAGGGCAGAACAUUGAUGAUCUUACUGUUUGGGGUGCAAUAUAAGAUUAUGGAAGGUGGGCAGAGCUUCAGUGAAGGUGGCCGCUGUGCUAAAGAUGGAAGAGUUAACAUUGGAGAGCAGCCACAUAAGUGCAUGGGAAGUGGAAAAAGUUGUGAUAUAUGUGCCAACCUUAAUACACAUGAAGGAAUUCAUGUGGGGGAGACGCCACAGAUAUGUAUGCAACAUGGCAUGUACUGCAGUGAAAUUACAGGUCAUACCCAACAUCUAAGAACCCACACUGGGAAAAAGCCAUAUAAAUGCAUGGCAUGUGGAAAGGGCUUCAAACAGAAUUCUCAUCUUACUGCACAUGCAAGAACCCACAGUGAAGAGAUGCCAUAUAAAUGUACAGAAUGUGGGAAGAGCUUCAGAAAGAAUUGUAUUCUUAUUGCACAUGCAAGAACCCACACUGGGGAGAAACCAUUUAAGUGCAUGGAAUGUGGGAAGUGCUUCAGUGUAAGUGGAGGUCUGUCUCAACAUCAAAGAACCCACACUGGAGAAAGGCCAUAUAAAUGCUUGGAAUGUGGGAAGUGCUUUAAACUUAAUGGUCAUCUUUUAAAACAUGCAAGAACCCACACUGGGAAGAAGCCAUAUAAAUGCAUGGCAUGUGGAAAGGGCUUCAAACAGAAUUCUCAUCUUACUGCACAUGCAAGAACCCACAGUGAAGAGAGACCAUAUAAAUGUACAGAAUGUGGGAAGAGCUUCAAAAAGAAUUUUAUUCUUAUUGCACAUGCAAGAACCCACUCUGGGGAGAAGCCAUUUAAGUGCAUGGAAUGUGGGAAGUGCUUCAGUGUAAGUGGAGGUCUGUCUCAACAUCAAAGAACCCACACUGGGGAGAGGCCAUAUAAAUGCUUGGAAUGUGGGAAGUGCUUUAAACUGAAUGGUCAUCUUUUAAAACAUGCAAGAACCCACACUGGGGAGAGGCCCCAUGAAUGCAUUACAUGUGGAAGCAGAUUCAAAGUGAAGUCUCAGCUUACAAUACAUGAACGAACACACACUGGUGAGAAGCCAUACAAAUGUCUGGAAUGUGGGAAGAGCUUCAAUCGGAGUGGAUCUCUUGCUUGUCAUCAAAAAAUCCACACUGGGAAGGGGCUAUAUCAAUGCAUGGAAUGUGGAAAGUGCUUCAAUGCAAGUGCAAGUCUCACACAGCAUCAGAGAAUCCACACUGGGGAGAAGCCAUAUACUUGCAUGGAAUGUGGGAAGAGCUUCAGUCAGCAUGGAGGACUUUCUAGGCAUCGAAAAAUCCACACUGGGGAGAUGCCAUAUAAGUGCAUGGCAUGUGGAAAGGGCUUCAAUUGGAGAGGAGCUUUAACUGUACAUCAAACAAUCCACACUGAGGAAAGACCGUAUGAUUGCAAGGAAUGUGGUAAGCAGUUCCGCUUACGUGGAGCUCUUGCUGCGCAUCAGAAAAUCCAUACUGGGGUGAGGCCACACAAAUGCAAAGAAUGUGGAAAGAGCUUUAGUAGGAAUGGAACUCUUACUAGCCAUCAGAGAACCCACACUGGGGAGAAGCCUUAUAAAUGCAUUGAAUGUGGAAAUAGCUUCAGUUGGGGUGGAGCUCUUUCUAUGCAUCGAAGAGUCCACACUGCAGAGCGGCCAUACAAAUGCAUGGAAUGCGGAAAGAGCUUUAGUAGGACUGGAAGCCUUGCUAGUCAUCAGAGAACCCACACUGGGGAGAAGCCUUAUAAAUGCAUUGAAUGUGGAAACAGCUUCAGUCGGGGUGCAGCUCUUUCUGUGCAUCAAAGAAUCCACACUGGAGAGCGGCCAUACAAAUGCAUGGAAUGCGGAAAGAGCUUUAGAAGGAAUGGAACUCUUGCUAGGCAUCAGAAAAUUCAUAUCUAUCCGCCGCGGAGCCCGCCGGGCAGACCCCGACCCCGGAUCCCCCGGGCAGGCGAGUCCCCGCCGUCGGUCUCCCGGCCGCCCGAUCCCCGCAGCGCUGCUCGCUCGGCGCUCCGGGGCGCGGGCGCACUUAGCGAUUGGCGCCGUGGGGAGAAAAGGAAGAAGCGGAUCCCGGAAUCCCCGCUGGAUCCUCCCGAUUGCCUGUGGUUUGGAACGGAGCAGGAUCCCCGAAACCGCGACUGA